CGGCUGUCGCGUGGUGACGUCAUACAAUCUGCGCCGCGACGUUUUCGUUUUGCUGUUCUGUGACUGAUGAAUGGUGACACCAAAAGGUUUCCAGAUGUGCCUGACAUACCUGUUGUAGAGAUGGAGUUUAUUAAAGUGGAGAUUGUGGACAUGAUUGAUCCAGAACAGUGCAAAGUGAAAGAUGAAGAUAAUGAGGAACAGAGAGACCAGAUGGAGGUAAAAGAGGAAAGAGAAGAACCGAGUGACAUCAAGGAGAACCACUUUAUUGAAACGCCUGAAGAUUUUAAAGUUGGAGAAGAGUCUUUAACUGAAACAACAGAAGCCAAAAAUUCUUUCUCCUGCCCUCAGUGUGAAAAGACCUUCACACAUAAAGGAAACCUUAGGGAUCACAUAAAAAUUCACAUCGGGGAGAAGCCUUAUGUGUGCAGUCUGUGUGGAAAAAGUUUCAUUCACAAAGGACACCUUAAUGAUCACAUGAGGAUUCACUCUGGAGAGAAGCCUUUCGCGUGCCAUCUGUGUGGAAAGAGCUUUACGUGUAAAGGAAGCCUUACUUGUCAUGUGCGGAUUCACACCGGAGAGAAGCCUUUCACUUGCCCUCAGUGUGAAAAGAGCUUCUCACAUAAAGGAAGCCUUAAGUGUCACAUGAGAAUUCACAUCGAAGAAGGGCCUUUUACAUGCAAUCAGUGCGGGAAGAAUUUCACACAGCAAGAAUACCUUAACAAUCACAUAAGGAUUCACACCGGAGGGAAACCGUUCACAUGCCAUCUAUGUGGAAAGGGUUUAACUUGUAAAGGAAGUCUCAAGUGUCACAUGCGAAUUCACACCGGAGAAAAGCCGUUCACGUGCCUUCAGUGUGGAAAGAGCUUCACAAAUAAAGGAAACCUUAAGAUUCAUGCAAGGAUUCACACCGAAGAGAGCCCACUGACUUGCCUUCAAUGUGGAAAGUGUUUCACGCAUAAAGAAAACCUAAGGUGUCACAUGAGAGUCCACACCGGUGAGAAGCCCUUCACGUGUCAUCAGUGCGGAAAGAGCUUCGCUCGUAAAGUUAUUCUUCAGAAUCACAUAAAAACUCACACCGGAGUGAAGCCUUACACAUGCAACCAGUGCGGAAAGAGCUUCACAGAUAAAGGGUACAUAAAGCGCCACAUGCGAAGUCACACUGGAGAGAAGCCCUUCACAUGUCCUCAGUGUGGAAAGACUUUCACGCAUAAAGGAAACCUUAAAAUUCACAUCAGAAUUCACACCGGAGAGAAACCCUCCAAGUGUCCUCAAUGCGGAAAAAGCUUCACACAUAAAGGACAGCUUAAGGAUCACAUGAGAAUCCACACCGGAGAAAAGCCCUACACGUGUCCUCAGUGCGGAAAGAGCUUCAAAUGUAAAGGACACCUCAAGACUCACAUAAGAACUCACACCGGAGAGAAGCCUUACACGUGCCGCGAGUGUGGCAAGAGCUUCACAGUUCAGAGAAGCCUGAACAUGCACAUGAAAUAUCAUUCUGGAGAUAAAUUGUAUGAGUGCUCUGAGUGCGGCAAGAGGUUUGCAGAGAGCAAUACCUUCAAAACACAUUUGCUCAUUCACUCUGAAGAACGGCCAUUUAGUUGCGAUCAGUGCGGGAAAAAGUUUAUUCUGGCGGCGCGAUUAAAAGCACACCUGAUGCUUCAUACGCAUGAGAGACCCUACUUAUGCUCUCUGUGUGGAGAGAGUUUCAAACUGCUCGGCAGCUUAAAAUCGCACCAGAAAAUACAUGCUAGUGAGAAAUCGCAUGUGUGUCCUGAGUGCGGUAAGGCUUUUAUCAGAGCAACAUACUUGAAACGGCACCAGCGGACACAUGCUGGAGAAAACCCUGGCAAGGGUCCAUUAGUUCAAGAACCCUAAAACUACAAGAAUGCAUACUGGAGAGUAGUCAAGCCAAUGAUUGGUGGACUGGCAUUCGACCCGACUGUGUGACAAACAGUUUGGAAAAUGGAUUUUAAGCACAUCGAUUUAUCUACUGCUUCACAUUAUCAAGAGUAGAGCAUUGCGAAGUUUGUCUUCGGCAAUGAGUAAAUGGUGUGAGAUCCAGAUGUAGACAAAAGUCGAAUUUCACCCAAAAUGGUGCUUUUUUAAGAGUGGUUAAAUAACCUAAUGGGGAUAUUUAUGCUCUUCAAACUAAUGUGAUGCAAGUUAAA